CCCCUUCCAUUUAUCCUACAUCUUCACAGACGCCUAACUUACCAAAAUCAGAAACCAAAACUAAACAUCGAUCGAGACGAAAUCGACCGGGAGGUUCCCCAGCUAGCUAGCUACAUGGACAUGCUCGGAGUCGCCGAUCAUAAGAUGAAGUCGAGCAAGAGGGAGGGCAAGAGGCGGUCAUCCUCGGGGAAGAACGGGAUCAAAGUCGUGUACAUCUCCAGCCCCAUGAAGGUGAAGACCAGCGCGUCCGAGUUCCGGGCGAUUGUGCAGGAGCUCACGGGGCGGGACUCGGACGUGGCUCGGUUCAUGGAUGGUAGCAGCAACGAGGAUGAUGGACAAAACAGAACUGAGGAUCAUUCCAGCUCCCACCUCAAUAUUAAACGCGAAGAGAAAGAUCAUCUGUUGAGUGGCGUGGCCUACUUUGGGUCCGAUAAUAUGUUUUCCGAGGAUUACAAUACUUACUAUUUCGAGAACGACUCGCCGACCACUUCAGAAUCGUUAGUCGAGCAAUACGAUGGGAAUCUAUUUUCCAUGCCUCACGUCGAGAGGAGCUUCAGGGAGAACAAUUUUCCGUUUGUUUUCCAGGAAUCUGUGUUGCUAGAUGUGUUUAAUUAAGUGAUUGAUUUUGUGGCCCGGCGAGAGCCUAGUACUGUGUUUGCCAUAAGCACAUGUAUUUUUUUAUUAGUUUUUCAGGCCCAUGUAUAUGUAACUAUAUAUACAUAUCGUACUCGUGUAUAUUCCAUCUUAUGAUUAAUCAGUUCGAGUUUGCACGA